AUGAAAGGACAAUGGUGGAGUACACCAUGCUCUCGAUCUGUCAUCACACUGGACAGGCCAUCACCUGUAGCAUAUACCAAAACGAAAGGACAGAACAAUACAAUGGCUCCAUUGACUAAAACUUUUGCUCUUCUGGCCUUUGCCGCAACCGCCCUCGCCGGUCAGCAUCACCAAUAUCCUCGUCACGCGAUUUCUGGCAAGCCAACAGGGUUCCCCAUUCCCACGGGGACUGCUCCUGGCACGGCUCCUUAUUCCUUCUCCAACGGCUCACUGUCGUACUUCCCAACCGGCACCGGCACUGGCAGGGCAAGUCUUCCUGCCCCUACCAAUGGGAGCCCGGGUCCCGGAGGCAGCCAAGGUCCUGGUGGUAGCCAAGGUCCCGGAGGGAGUGAAGGACCUGGCGGUAGCAGCCCAACGCAGGGCUCUCCUGGCAAUAGCCCAGGCGGGGGUGGUGCCUCUAGCUGCCCAGCACCGAGCUCCACCGUCACCGUGACAGAUGUCUACACUGUCACAGUGACUCACACAGCUUCGGCCGAGGCCACAGUUAAGCCCACCGGGCCAUCAUCGCCACCUUACCCCAUUCCAAGCGGCAGCGGAAAUGGCUCGUCAAGCUUCCCAACAGCAACGGGCACGCCCAGCGGUACGGGCACUGCUCCUGGGUCCACGGCCAGCGCCACAUUCUUCCCUUUGAAAAGGUACAACAGCGACGGACUUGAGAAGGUGAAGAGAGAUGAGCGACGGUCGAGGAAAGCAAGGGGGCACUGGUGGGAUAUCUGA